AUGCCACAAAAGUCUCCACGAGUUUUACAUUGUAGGCCAACAACAACCACGGCAUCAGCAAUAAAUCUUUUUGAAAAGCCAAUCAGAGCAUGGAAAUCUGACGAUCUUGCGCAUUGGUUUCAACAAAAUAGAAUCUUACCUAAAUUAUGUACUCUCUACGACUUCGAUGAAGGUUCUGAAUUACUUAAUUAUUAUAAUAAUAUCUCAACUGAUGAAAAAUCAAAUAUACAAUAUCAAAUCUAUUCUCAAGCAUAUUCACAAGAAAACAAUGGAAAAAUUCUGUUACCACAUCAGUUUGCUAGAUUUGUAACCGCAUUACGAAAACUUUAUAUUGAACACGAUCUGAAAUCGAAAACGGCGGCAGCACAACCUGUCAUUAACAGUAGUAGUAAAUUUCGGACGAGAAACUCUUCUCGCAUACCAAGAAGAAGCUCACUAUGUAAAAUACAACAAUAG